AUGUUGGCCGAGGAAUUCUUCUCGUCCAUCUGUGGGCCCCCGCUGUCCAGCAACACGGCCAUCGCCAAGGACGUUGGGAUUUAUACGCACUCUCUAUGGCCAACUUUUGCUGCAAAAUCGGCAUUUAAGAAGAGUGCGACUCCACCAAACUGUCUUGCCGCCAGCGAGACGCACGUGUUUGCCGCCCAGCAUGAGAAGGCUUAUGUCCAUGUCUACUCACGCCUCCGUGGCAACCAGGAGGCUUUCGUGGCUUUCCCCGAGAGGAUAAGGUGCUUGACGUUGGCCGGCGAUGUACUCAUCCUGGGGACCGUCGAGGGCAGGAUCAUGCUGUGGGAGACCUGCACUGGCAGAUUGGUGUCACUGCCUCCCUGUCACGUCCAGGCCGUGUCUUGCGUCGUAGCAACGCCGUAUCAUCUCCUGACCGCGUCCGACGACUCCAACAUCCAUGUUUGGAGCCUCGCCCAGCUUCUGGAACUCGACAGCAACGAGGAGCGUGAGCCUGUCGUCAGUUUCUCCAACCACAGGGGGGCCAUCACGGCCAUCGCGUCAUCGUCUGGCGAUGGCGAGGAGACAAGUCUUUGCGUGUCAGCAAGCAAGGACAAGACGUGCAUCGUCUGGAACUAUCGGACUGGUGCAGUCCUCCGCACUCUGCUGUUCCCUACCUCCCCUCUGUGUGUUGCACUUGACCCUUGCUCGAAAGGCGUUUUUGUGUCAACAGAGAACGGCUCCGUCUACUCUGUCGAGUUCUUCGGCCCAAAGCCGCUGCUGGGACCCAAGAGUGAGGAAUCGUCUACCGUCGUGCAGGUCACGUCGCCCUUUUGUGUUGCACCCUCAGAAUCCGGGCCUGCAUCUUGUCUGGGCUUGACGUACGAUGGCACGGUCCUUCUGUCUGGGCACCCCAAGGGUCAGAUCCAUGCGUGGAGCGUGACCGACAAACAGGCUAGCAGCGGCGCAAAGGAACUUACGAACCUGAAUGCUGCCGUCACAAACAUUGUCUUGGACCCGCCGCUGUCGCGCGGCAGCAGGCCCACCAAGGCGUGGAAUAUUGUCAAACCGUCUCAAGUCCAGCGUGCGUACACGCUUACUUCGCAGUUUGAGGCUGAUCUCAGAUCUGAGACGCAGUUCCACGCAAUGCUCAAAACGCCAGGUUUCUCGGACGAGACUCUCGAAGAUGCCAUGUCUACCUUUUUGCAGCCAGCAGAGGAAAACACCAGCGACCAGUUGUCGCGUGACCUCGAGGAACAGUUGGAGAUCUUCCGACAGCAAGAUUCGUCGAGCAGAGAUACAUCGGAGAAGGGUCUGCCAUGGAUCGUGGGCGCGGUUUCAGUCGUGCCCCAGCCAGAGAACCCCUGGCUGGGGCAUCUCAGAGAUCAGAUGGAGCGACAGCAAUAUGAAGAAAGUUCCAUGCGCCUGCCAGACCUGUCUUCUCUUCCCCUUCUGGACUUUGGACGACCUGGUGUUGCCAAGAUGCGGUUCAGCGUUCUCACAAGCAUACUGACUGCCCUGGUGGCAGCAGUCGACGCGACGCCGCUGCGGCCACGGACCCUUAAUCAUGUCGUCCACGAGGAGAGACUGGCGGCGCGGAGCAGCUGGUCAAAGUCCCAUCGCCUGCACGCCGCUGCGACCCUCCCAGUCCGGAUAGGUCUGACGCAGCAGAACCUUCACCGGGCUGAGGAGCUCAUAUACGAUGUCUCACAUCCGGAGUCCCCCAACUACGGAAAGCACUGGUCGCCUGCGAAGGUCGUAGACAUGUUCAAGCCCAAGCAGGGCGCUGUUGACUCGGUGAUGGACUGGCUGCAGAUGGAGGGGAUACACCCGAGUCGGAUAAAAAUGUCGGCAUCCAAAAGCUGGAUCACGUUCAACGCGACGGUGCGGGAGAUGGAACAGAUAUUGAAGACGACAUACCACGUCUACAAGCACUCGACUGCGGCAAACACUCGCCACGUAGCUUGCGACAAGUACCACAUUCCCGAGCACCUGGUGGAGCAUGUCGAUUUCAUCACGCCUACUGUGCACUUCGACCAGCGUGUGGGACAGGGUCGGAAGAACAGGCACCAGGAACUCCCGGAGGACGCCAUUUCGGAGCUCAAGAAAAGGUCUGCAGAACUGCAGAAACGGCAGCGUCCCGAGAAAGGCAUCGUCGGCAAGCCCGAUGACGGCAGCAACCCGAAGCAGGGCGCCUUCGUGGACAACGCACUCAUGGACCUGUCGCAAUGCGAUUCCAUGAUUACGCCCGCGUGCCUGCGAGCCCUCUACGCGACGCCGCCGGGCAGCCUCUCAGCCAGUAACAACACCCUUGGUAUUGUGGAGUACACUCCUCAGGCUUUUCUUCAGUCGGAUUUGGAUAUGUACUUCAAGGAGUUCGAGCCUAACCUGGACGGCAAGUCGCCAAUCGUGACGCUGCUCGACAAUGGCGUCGUCCAGAACCAAAACAAGAGCUUCCAAUUCAACGGCGAGUCGGCGCUGGAUCUGGAGUUCGCAAUGGCCCUGAUCUACCCUCAACAGGCCACUUUGUACCAGGUCGGCGAUCUGGUCCAGAGCGCGAGCUUCAACAACUUCCUGGACGGCAUCGAUGGCAGCUACUGUCAGUUCGAGGGUGGGGACUCCAAAGAUCCCAAUAUCGAUGGCCAGUACCCCGCUUCAGUCAACUGCGGCACCACCAAACCCACCAACGUGAUAUCCACUAGCUACGGCUUUAACGAGGCCGAUCUGGGCAUCAAGUACGAGAAACGCCAGUGCGAUGAGUACAUGAAGCUGGCGCUACAGGGCGUAACAGUUGUCUACUCCUCGGGCGACUCCGGGGUGGCGGGCAACGGAGACCAAUGCAUCGAUCCGGUCACAGGAGCAUAUAAUAACGGAUCAACUGGCAUGUUCAACCCGUCGUUCCCGGGGGGCUGCCCGUGGGUCACGUCUGUGGGGGCCACUCAGAUCUUGAAUGGCUCGACGGUCAGGACCCCCGAGAGCGCCUGUGAGAGGGUGAUCUUCUCUGGCGGAGGGUUUUCGAACGUCUUCGCGAUGCCGUCAUACCAGGAGAAGGCGGUGGGUACCUACUUCGCCGACCACGCCCCACCGUACGGCGCGGACCGCUUCAACAACUCGAAGGUGGUGAGGGGCUUCCCAGACGUUAGUGCGAACGGUGCCAACUAUGUCACGGCUGUGAACGGCCGGUUCUCGCUGUCUUUUGGAACAUCCGCAUCCGCCCCCGUCUUUGCGUCCAUCAUCAAUAUGGUCAAUGAGAAGCGCAUCCAGGCCGGCAAGGGCCCUGUCGGGUUCGUAAACCCUGCGCUGUACGCCAACCCGCAGGUGAUGAACGACGUGACCAACGGCAAGAACCCCGGGUGCGGAACUGAUGGCUUCUCGGCCGUGCAGGGGUGGGACCCGCUGACGGGGCUGGGGACACCGAACUAUCCUCAGUUGGAGGCUUUGUUCAUGACCCUGCCUUGA